GGAAGCGGCGGCAGCGGCAUGGCAGCGCGGCGGGCGUGAGCGCCGCUCCCGGCACCGGUACCCGCUACCCGGUACCCGCUACCCGGCCCGCAGGCUGCAGCGGCCAACAUGGAUCUUCUCUUCCUUUGCCCUGUCCUGCUGGUGCUGCUGCUGUCCCGGGGCAGCUCCACUGACCUGGAGAAACAGAGGGUGGACUCUGGCUUGGAGAUCUAUAAGAAGUUGUUUGAGGUGAAGCGCAAGGACCAGAUGAACGCACUGAAGAACCUUAUCGAGCUCAACGACAUCAACCAGCAGUACAAAAUCAUUGACAUCAUGCUCAAGGGACUCUUCAAAGUGCUAGAGGACUCCCGUGCUGUGCUCAUCGCUGCCGAUGUGCCUCCCGAUGGACCAUUCCCUCAGGAUGAGAAGAUAAAGGAUGCGUACUCCCACGUGGUGGAGAACACGGCCUUCUUUGGGGACGUCGUCCUGCGCUUCCCCAAGAUUGUGCACCACUACUUCGACCGCAAUUCCAACUGGAACAGCCUCAUCCGCUGGGGCAUCGGCUUCUGCAACCUGACAGGCGUGUUUGAGCAGGGACCCCACUCCCAGGUCCUGGGGCUGAUGGCUCAGGAGCUGGGAAUCAGUGAGAAAUCGCCCGAUUAUCGCAAUCCCUUUAAAGUGGACCACUCUGAGUUUUUCCCCAGCGCCGACACCUUCCAGAAGGCGCUGCGGGAGGAGGAGAAGCGGAGGAAGAAGGAGGAGAAGCGGAAGGAGAUCCGCAAGGGCCCGCGCAUCUCCCGCUCGCAGUCGGAGCUGUAGCUCCCUCUCGGCGGCCUCGUCCCGGUGCCUGGUGAUCACUUCCCGUUUGUGCUGUGGGGUUUUGUUUCAUUGCCCUUCUCUUUGGUUCAGCCUCGGCUGGGUGGCGAUGCUGGGGGGUUGCCCCAGUGGGGCUGAGGAGGGCUGACGUGGGGUUCCCCUUCUGCAGAGCCAAAGCACAAUCGGGAGGGCAGUGGGGCCAUCCCCAUGGCAUGUGGGGAAGUAGGGCGAGGGGGAGCCGGGGGAUCCCCCCCUCCACAGCACGCCCGGCACUGAACGUGCCUCCUCCGUCAUGGUGGGCUGGGAGCGUGUCACACCAAACAGCCUCAUGAGCGAUGCUGCUUCGCUCAGUUUUGGGGUGGUUCUUUUUUUGGUUAGACUGGUGAGAACCAUUGGCACCCCCACCCGGUUAUACCUGGUCUCUGCCCAGCCGCUACCUCUGCCGGAGCAGCUCUUCCCUCUUCCCGGUGCCUGUUUCAGCAAGCAACGUGUUUCAUCCAUCAGCUGUCGUAGGAAAGGCUGACGGCAUCUGUUCCUGGCCCAGCAACAUCCUGCUCUCCUGGGCGGGCAUUCCCAGAAGGGAGGCAAACAUUCGGUGAAUCGUUGGAAAGGAGGGGUUUCAGUUCUUUGCCUUCUUUGCGGCUGAUGGGUGUGCAUAGUACAGGUACCACUGAUGCUGAUGGUGCUGGGAGCCAGC